CCUAUAUAAAAACCAAAACCCUGAGUCCUCGCUUCUCGCUCCGCCUUUCACCUCCCCUUUUCGGCUCCUUCACCUGAGAACCAGCCAGGAAAACGCAAAGGUAAAGGAGCGCAGCCCAGCCCGGCCCGCUUGUUAGAGACUCUCACAAAGUCAACAUCUCAGCUUAUUACUACGAUCAGGAAAAAUGAUGAUUGAUCAGACACAAUAUCCCACUGUCGCUCAGAAGAUGGCUGCCAAGCUCCAUGCACCGACCACUGUUAAAGAUCUUCAAGCCUGUGAGGGUGGUUUCCAGAAGCCUUAUCUGCAUCAAAGAAAAUUUGCUUAUGGAAACUUUGCAAAUCCUGCAUUCAAAUAUCAGAUGCUACAGUCAUGUCAAGCAACACAAAACCUGUCUAUGAUAGCAUCAUAUGCAUCUCCAGUUUCUGUCCAAGCCCCCUCAGAAAAGGGAUUUGCCAGCUUUGCGAUUGAUUUUCUCAUGGGAGGGGUCUCUGCUGCUGUAUCAAAAACAGCUGCUGCUCCAAUUGAGCGUGUGAAGCUAUUAAUUCAAAAUCAGGAUGAAAUGAUAAAGGCUGGUCGGCUUUCAGAACCAUACAAGGGGAUUGGUGAGUGUUUCACACGAACAAUCCGGGAAGAAGGUGUCGUCUCUCUCUGGAGAGGCAACACUGCUAAUGUUAUUCGUUACUUCCCUACUCAGGCUUUGAAUUUUGCAUUCAAAGAUUACUUCAAGAGUUUGUUUAACUAUAAGAAAGACAGAGAUGGUUACUGGAAAUGGUUUGCUGGAAACGUGGCAUCAGGUGGUGCAGCUGGUGCUUCUUCCCUCAUCUUUGUCUUUUCCCUGGACUAUGCCCGAACUCGAUUGGCAAAUGAUGCCAAGGCUGCAAAGAAGGGAGGAGAGAGGCAGUUCAAUGGCUUGAUUGAUGUCUACCGUAAGACCCUUGCUACUGAUGGCAUUGCUGGACUUUAUCGGGGAUUCAAUCUUUCUUGUGUUGGAAUCAUUGUUUAUCGUGGUCUCUAUUUUGGACUAUAUGAUUCUGUGAAGCCAGUGGUCCUCACUGGCAAGUUGCAGGAUAGUUUCUUUGCUAGCUUUGCCCUUGGUUGGGUGAUUACGAAUGGUGCUGGCCUUGCGUCUUAUCCAAUUGAUACUGUCCGAAGAAGAAUGAUGAUGACAUCUGGUGAGGCAGUGAAGUACAAAAGCUCCCUAGAUGCAUUUACUCAGAUCGUGAAGAAUGAGGGUGUAAAGUCUCUCUUCAAGGGAGGUGCUGCAAACAUCUUACGUGCUGUUGCUGGUGCUGGUGUGCUUGCUGGCUACGACAAACUGCAAGUGCUUGUCUUGGGAAAGAAGUAUGGAUCUGGCGGUGGUGCUUAAGAGUUGGUUUUUUGUCCUCAAGAUUUUGAAGAUUAGGCAGUGAAAAAAUCUCCCAUGUCUGGGACCUUAACCAGGCUUUCUGAUUCAAUAAUUUGACCCCUUUACAGGUGUCACCCUGAACCUUUUUUUAUUAGACCGUUCAUCGCUUUCUACAUCUUAUAUUGUUGCAGCCGCGGAUGCAGUUGCUAGUUUUUGAGUUUCAAUUACUCAAGAGAGGCUUGUAUGUCAUGUACAAUGCCCGAAUUGCUUUCCAUAGUGAGAGAUACAACUGUGCAACUUUUUGGCCUUAUCAUCCUGGCAAGUGCAUACCUGAAAUUAUAUGCAUCAGUGUCUAAACUGCUGGGUCCUUUAUAUUUCGUACUA